AGAAAUUUCAAACAAUCAUCCAUGGAGAAGAGGAGUGUAUCCAUUGAAUUAAGAUUUUAGGGUUUUGUCGAAGACCCAAAGGAACCGGCCAUCUAUCUAAAGCUGAAGACGGAUGAAAUGUCUUCAGCUUCAUGCGGUUCAAAUAUCAAGGUCACUCUGACUCUUGAUUACGAACGAGCCGUGUAUUGUGAAUGCAGAUUGAAAUCUCCUUUGUGCGUGACAAGAGGAUCCGGUAGCCAAUCCUUUGGUUGUCAAGGAUGGAAGGUAGGAGCUGUGUGUGGAUUCUUUGCUUGGAAAGAAGACAUUAAAAUCCCAAAAAGAGAAAAUCAUGCACUAUGGGUUGAGGAGGUCAAAAAACAGAUGCGUGAUUUGACAGGAGAGGUCAUACAUGGUUGUGGUGAAGUAGCUCAUUUAAAAGCGGUGGUGCAAUCUGGAAUUGAGGAAAACAAGAAUGUGAAGUGUAUCUUAAUAGCAAUUGUUGUAGCAAUGUGUUUGUUUCUUUCACUAUUACACGGGAAAAAUUAAGUCUUGUAUUUUGAUGAUAAGGGGGUUGAUUAGCAGUCUAGCAAUGUUGUAGCGGUUUAACA